UGAAGGAAAUAGUGUGAGAAGUGCGUGAAGUGGGUCGGGACUUGACACGAAAUCUGAGAUUUGACUUGAUCCGCGCUCUACUUUGAAGGAUGUAACGCUGCAGCCUGCAAACCCUGUUUUUGUGAGCAGCUGGUGAAAUUUAUGAAGAUAACCCAGACAGGAUCUGCACAGCCCACCGCUGUUCCCGUCGGCACGGUAACUUCGGACAGAGGCAGGGCUCUCCUGCUAGCUGCCACACCAGCUAACUCCAGAUCUCUUCACCCCUCCUCCUGAUGCUGAGAGGUCUGCGGUCCCACAUCUGUCCCAUCUGCAGCUGAACAGCUGUGAAGAUCGUCUCUGCUCCGGCCUCCUGAUUCAGUGAAACCGUGUCAACUACAUAAUAUCCUCAGAAGGCUUAGUGAGAGAUAAGUCAAGAUGUCCAUCACAAACACACCCACCAGCAACGAUGCCUGCCUGAGCAUUGUGCACAGCCUGAUGUGUCACAGACAGGGUGGUGAGAGCGAGACGUUCGCCAAGAGGGCCAUCGAGAGCCUGGUGAAAAAGCUGAAGGAGAAAAAAGACGAGCUCGACUCCCUCAUCACGGCUAUCACCACCAACGGGGCCCAUCCCAGCAAGUGUGUGACCAUUCAGAGGACGCUGGAUGGACGGCUGCAGGUGGCUGGACGUAAAGGCUUCCCCCAUGUAAUCUACGCCCGGCUGUGGCGGUGGCCUGACCUGCAUAAGAAUGAACUGAAACAUGUCAAAUACUGCCAGUUUGCCUUCGACCUCAAGUGUGACAACGUGUGUGUCAACCCCUAUCACUAUGAGAGAGUGGUGUCUCCUGGCAUAGACUUAUCAGGACUGACGCUGACCCCCUCUGGACCCAGCUCUGCGCUGAUGGUUAAGGAUGAGUAUGAUUUCGACGGACCACAGAGCCUACCCUCCAUCGACGGAGGGCACUCCAUCCAGACCAUCCAGCACCCCCCAUCCACCGGCCGUCCGGCCCCCUCUGAAUCAUUUGCAACCCCGAACCUGCUCCCGCCUGCGGAGGCCUCCACCUCUGGUUCAUCAUCAUCCUUCCCUGCCAUCGCUGCUGGAUCAGGCAGUGCCAGCUCAACCUGGUCCAGGAACAGCAGCUUCACCCCCAACAUACCCCACCACACCAACGGUCAUCUACAGCACCACCCUCCUAUGCCACAUCCAACACACUACUGGCCGGUGCAUAAUGAGCUCGCCUUCCAGCCUCCUAUAUCCAAUCAUCCAGCUCCUGACUACUGGUGCUCCAUUGCCUAUUUUGAGAUGGACGUUCAAGUCGGGGAGACGUUCAAGGUGCCCUCUUCUUGCCCCAUUGUGACAGUGGACGGCUAUGUCGACCCCUCAGGAGGAGACCGCUUCUGUUUAGGCCAGCUCAGCAAUGUACAUCGCACUGAGGCUAUCGAGAGAGCAAGGCUUCACAUCGGUAAAGGGGUUCAGCUGGAAUGUAAGGGUGAGGGAGACGUGUGGGUGCGAUGCCUCAGUGACCACGCCGUGUUUGUUCAGAGUUACUACCUGGACCGAGAGGCGGGUCGAGCCCCUGGAGACGCUGUUCACAAAAUCUACCCCAGUGCUUACAUCAAGGUGUUUGACCUCCGUCAGUGCCACAGACAGAUGCAACAGCAGGCAGCUACAGCUCAAGCAGCAGCUGCAGCCCAGGCAGCCGCUGUGGCCGGAAACAUACCCGGACCUGGAUCAGUUGGAGGGAUAGCUCCAGCCAUUAGUCUGUCAGCGGCAGCCGGUAUCGGGGUAGAUGACCUCCGGAGGCUGUGUAUUCUCAGGAUGAGUUUUGUUAAGGGCUGGGGGCCCGACUACCCGCGCCAGAGCAUCAAGGAGACCCCCUGCUGGAUCGAGAUCCACCUGCACAGAGCUCUACAGUUACUGGACGAGGUUCUGCACACUAUGCCUAUAGCGGACCCGCAGCCUCUGGACUGAGACCUGCGGCAUCGCACUGCGACUCAUACAGUGGCAAUUGAAAGUCUUCCUCAGUGAACUGUUUUGGGUGGAGGAGCCAGUGGAACAGGUGUGACACUGAAGCUCACCCACAUGAAAAAGUACUUUCAGGUGUUUGAGGCACCUUUUUGCACUGUGGCCCCGACUCUUACUUCUUGAAGCAGGAGUGACACUAAAAUGAACCAAAGCCAUAUAUUAAAGAUAUGUGUGUCAUAUUUUUGAUAGAUGGCUUUGAUAUCUGAUGACUGGAAUGAUGAACUAUAGGACUAGGAAAGGCAUCACAAAUAACUACAGUUACAAAGCACCACGUUGUGCUCAUUGAUGACCUGCGGAUCCCAUGAAACUGGAAUGUACAGCGAUUACUCAGAGUCCACAACCGCCAACUACUGACAGAUAUUAGAGUCACUGAACAAUAACCGAACAUCUGAGAGCUGCGCUGCUGUGAGAUGGAUCAUAUCCAGUGUCUGGGCACCGCAGCACUGCUCAAAGAUCACCGCUCGACAUUACGCUGCCUCUUAGAUACUGAACAGGGCUGAGGACCACCCAGCUUGGAUCAGGUCAUACGAGACACUCACAACCAUCCACAGAUAUCACAGAGAAUGACAUGCACCAUCCCUAAAGCCGACCCCUAACCUCUGAACUGAAACAAGGUCAAGGAUUCUUCUAGGUCAGGUAUUGUCAAAGUAUGGGUUUGGACCUUAAAAACUGGUUGUGGGCUUGGUGUGCCCCCACCAUACAUGUUUCUAUUUUCCCUCUCACCUGUAGUGCUGUUUAUCAGCCUUGAUUGUUUUGGUGUGAGUUGCAGAGUGUUGGAGAUAUCGGCCGUUUUUUUUUUUUUGUUUGUUUUUUUUGUUAGA